AUGAGUCCUGCAGUACGGGCACACCCGAAUCCACUUAUCUUUAGUAAAAGUCUAGUGGAUUUGUUAUUGGCCAUGAUUUAUGUGGCGGAGUACUGCGUGACCGAGCUCUCGGACUCUGUCGCGCUGCCGUUCCGCAUCGCUGCGGUCACGCAAGCUCUGUUGAUUGCAGGCGAGUUUUGGUUCUUUGCUAUUCCCAUUGACAUGGUGCAGUCUAUUACAAAUCCGUUCACGUCGUACUCGCACAAUUUUAGAGUCUAUUGGUUCUACUCGGUGCUGAGUGGUAUUGUGUGUGGGUUUGUGCUGUGGUCUCUCGGUGAUGCAGAGGCUGAAUGCAUUACAAUGGACGAUAAAAACCCAGACUGCGUGAAAGCUGCCAAUGACAGUGAGCAGCGGUUUAUCUGGUUCCACCACAAUACAGACAUGCCGGGCUUUUUCUGGCAUCAGUGGAUCCUGUAUCACGCGUGUGUUGUCGUGUAUCUGAUCUUCGGUCUCGCAUGCAUGGUGUAUGUUCGAAGCCGAUUACGUCGUGGAUUGGAAGAGACGUUUGAAGUGCGACGUCGUGUACUGUCCAACGGAAUGCUUACAUGCGCAGUAUUCAUCUCGUGGUCGUUCCUGAUGAUCUGUCUCUUUGCGAUGGCGAAUACUGCAACAGUAAAGUCCGUGCUGGGAAAGACUCUGUUUAAAGAGCUUAUCGACCUGAGUGCAUUUCUGCACGCCUCCCGUGGGUGUGUCAACAUUAUCGUCUGGAUUGUUGUCAAUGCGCCGUAUUUUCCUUCGAUAAAUCCCGAUGACCCUGCAGAUUUGACGUUCCCGUUACUUUUGGAGAAUGGAUCGGUGAUGCAAGGGUCGUGUACUCGUAGUAAUGAUAGUUUUGAGUGUAUUGAGGCAUGCAACAAUCCUGACGAUUCAAACAAGCAUGAAGAGAGACUAAUGAAUCCGCAGCUUAAUGUGGCAUUGCGGAAGCAGAUGAUUUACAUGGCAACGAAUGGCAUUAUUGAGUCGAUACAGCACCAUCACCGAAUGCGGCGAGAAAAUGGAAACAACCACACGUUUCAAAUGGAUUGGCAACGAUCUCCUCAACGAAGAAUGAGGCAGCUGCUGAUGUCCGCGUCAAUCAGCGAAAGUGUGGGGUCGAUGACGAUGCCUCCGAGGUCAAUGCCGAUGUUGCGCGAAAUGAGAAACUCAACAGUGCGAGUUGUCGAGGAACCACGUGACAAUCCUAGCAAUAUGCGCUUCACGUUCAUGCCCAUGGCUUUGACGGAAAUGCAGUUCUACGAUUUCCAGCCGCGUGUGUUUGCAUCCAUUCGCCAACUGUAUGGUGUCAAUGAUGCCGAAUACAUCUUCGCGUUCCGUUCCACGAUUAAUGAGCGGAUUAGCGAAGGCCGAAGUGGCGCUUUCGUUUUUAACACUUGCGACCGCAAAUAUUUGGUCAAGAGCACUACGUCGAAGGAAAAGGAUGUGCUGCUUAGAUUGCUGCCUACUUAUCUACGCUACCUUAAGUGGAAUCCAGGAACGCUCUUGCCUCGUUUCUUCGGUUUUCAUGCUAUGAAGAUGUACGGUCAGAUUUUUUAUUUCAUCGUGAUGGGAAACUUUUUGAGCACAACGGAAGUCAUUCAUCGCAGAUACGAUAUCAAGGGAUCUUGGGUAGAUCGUAAUGCCCCUGCGUGCGUUUUGGGUGAGAAGUAUCGCUGUUCAAAGUGCAACAGGUUCUUUACAUUCGGAGGUGCUCCUGGAGAGCCAUGCUUUUUGCCCGGCGAAGAGCACUACCCCGACACUACUCUACGAGACAAUGAUUUGAAGAAACGGCUGAAACUGGAGCCCGGUGCAGCGGCAAAGCUUGUGACGCAACUUACUCGUGAUAGUAACUACCUCGCCAGCGCCGGCAUCAUGGACUACAGUCUUCUUAUUGGCACGCACUACUCGUAUUUUACUAUCACAACGGAAUACAAGCAAGGAAUCUCGCGUCGAAAGUCGGUGGAACUCACUGUGCACUGCGAUGACACGCAUGAGCAAAGAAGUGAUGUCGAUUUUCUCCCUAAUUUGUACGAGAAUCGCCACUCUACAAACGAGGAUGAUAUCAUAUCCGAAGACACGAGGCCGUCCGAAUCUUCCGAUGCUUCCAGUGAAACCUAUCUCUCUGAUCUUUCGCCGGACCCGGCUCCCGUCGAGCGAGUUGUGUACCCUGAUAGUCACGCAUACAACGCACACCAGGUUUCUGGCCCGAGCAAGUACUAUUUCGGCCUGGUAGAUAUUUUGCAGGAGUGGACAGUCACGAAGCAGAUUGAGCGUGCCUACAAGGUGCGUGUGUUGCGAAAGUCGCAAAGUGGUGUUUCUGCGAUCCCACCAAAGCCUUAUGCUCGACGCUUCCAGCGCAAAAUGAAGCAAUUAUUCAUCACGAUGCCGAUGCACCCGCUUGAUGCUUUGGAAAAUGAUGACGCAACAAGCGAUAUUCGUGCACAUGUAGUGUAA